AAUUCCAAAAUCUUGCGGUUUUAAAAUGGUCGUCGUUUGAAGAGAAAAUUCCCAACAAUAAAACUGCAAAAAACUCUGUUCCAAGUUCAUUUAAAUUCAAAAAAAUCAUCUCAAGUUGUGCCAAAACGUCAUUUCUCCGCGGAUUCGUGAAAGUUUCAUCAAAAACUCCAAGAAAGGCGAGAAAUUAAAAUGUACAACGACAUGGGCAUAAACAUGGUGCCCUUCGACAUGAAUGGCUUGAACACGAUGGGUCUCUACGAAGCUCCUCGUCCCCGUUUCAUCUUCAAGAUGCCGCGCGUCGUGCCGGAGCAAAAGCAAAAGUUCGAAACUGACGAUUUGUUCCGCAAACUGAGUCGCGACUCGGAAAUUCGUUACACGGGCUUCCGCGAUCGUCCUCCGGAGGAGCGUCGAGCUCGUUUCCAGAACGGAUGUCGUGAGGGGCAUUUGGAAAUCGCCUUUGCCGCAACGGGAAUUAAUCUCCAGCUGAUGUUCAAUCCGGGGAUGAGUCUUUACAUGCACGAACGCGAAUGCGAUUUCGACAAGGAACACGGAAAAGUUCACAUCAAAAGUCAUUUUAUCAUGAACGGGGUUUGCAUCAAGUUCCGCGGAUGGUUGGAUCUCGAACGUUUGGAUGGCAUUGGGUGCUUGGAGUUGGAUGAAAAAAGGGCAGCGCACGAAGAUGCCAUUUUGAAGGAGCAACUGGAUCGUUAUAAUCGUCGUUUGAGGGAUUUUGAGGACACGCAACGCACUUAUGGGCGCGCAGAUGAGUACGAUGCUCGUCGUUCGGGCGGCGCAACAAUCGGAACUGGCAAUAUGUGGAGACGUUAAAGACGUUUUUUCUUUCUUCCUCUUUAUCUUUCAUAAAACUUAAAAUAAAAAUAUUUUAAUCGUAUAAGCUUAAUGGAAAAAUAUUUCUAAUGAAUGGACUUAGAUGUGUAAUCUCAAAUAUAUUAUGAUAAAUAAAUAAAUGUAAUCGUA